AAUGUGAACACGUUUCUCCGUGAACACAACGCUUCAAGUUUCUAUAAAACCCAGAGUAUUGACUGUUCGUUACGUCACUACGAAGAAGCGACAACAUGCGGCCGAUCUUGGUUCUGUUCUGUCUUCUGCUGGCGUUUGGGCUCACAGCUGCUUUGCGCAUCACGGUAAAAGGGGAAUGCCCGGAAGCAGAUUAUCAACAGAGUUUACAAACUUGUACAGAGAUCGUACCGAACACUGUUGAAAAAGCCCUUGUGGACAUGACUGAUGAGGAGAGACAGGCAGUGUGCUCAUAUUAUGUUGACGCAGUUAUGUGUAUACAAGGUAUACUCAACGUGUGUGAAGACUCGCCGAAGUUAAUGCUCCAUGGUAAUAGCAUGGAUGAAAUGAAAUCUUUAGUUAAGGAGCAACACAGAGAUAUUGAGAAGUUUUGUGGUGUGACAUUGGAGUAACAACGCACAGCAAAGAACUAUACUUCAUGAUGAUUUCUUUAAUACUCCGUCAACGAGAUUUAAUGCUCUCCCAGUAAAUUAACAUUUUUCGCUAUUAUAACUAUUGCAACAUCCGUCUAUAAACUAUGAUACAUGCUAAUUUCAAUUUGUGAUUAAAGAAGAUAUCAUAUAAUA